AUGAAUUCUGAAAUAAUGUUUAGAUUAUGUACAUUAUUACCAAUGGCAUUUACUGCUUUAUUUGGUAUAAUUAUUACUAUAUAUUCAUUCUUUAAAAUUAGAACUAUCAAAAAAUUUCAAACACCUUUUGGAUUUUUAAUGCAAGCAUUUUUUUCAAAUAUUUUUUUAUAUUUUUUUGUUAUACUAAUUUGGUUAUUAUUAAGAAUCUUUCUUAAUAUAAAUACUUUUAUUGAAAAUUCCAGUCAUUAUUUUGGUUCUGUAAUGAUAUUUUCAUGGUAUUUUAUUCAAAUGAUUACAGUAACAAUUUCUAUAAAUAGAUUUAUUGCCAUUAGUAUUCCUAUAUAUUAUAGAUUGCAUUUUACAAUUGAAAUGACAAAAAUUUCAGUUGGAAUAAUCUUUUGUAUUACAAUAUUUUUAAGUAUUAUAUCAUUAAUAGAUAAUUGUGGAAUGAAAUUUUCAACAAUAACAUUAACAUGGCAUUAUCCUAAAACUGUAUGUGGUAGAAUUUAUUCAUAUUGGUUACAAUUUAUUGGAAGUUUAUGCAUUUUGUUAAUAAAUUUAAUGUUUGAUAUUUUAACUUUAAUUUUAUUAAUUUAUCGUAAAAAACAUUCUAUUCUUCCGUUACCAAAAUUAGAAAAAUCAGCAACAAUAAAAACUUCAUGUUGUUUUAGACAAGAUGUUCUUUUUUUUUGUCAAUCAUUUUUACAAAAUAUUAAUGCGUUGUUGAUUGUUAUCUCAAUAAAUUUUUUCACUAAAUUGAUAAAAUCUUUAUAUGGUAAAUUUUAUUUUACUACAUUUGCUUGGUUUCUUUCAUACGUAAUGGAUGUUGUAAUUGUAAUUGUAUUUAAUAAAGAAUUACGAAAAAUAUAG